CAAUCAGAGCAUGAGUUUGAUUGUUUGCGGAAAACACUGCACAGCGGGUUUGCAGCGUACGUGUGAACGAGCCAUUCUUAUAAAAAAUAUAAAUACCCCUUAGAUUGCUACUCCUCGAAAUAAACACACCGAAGUGUUUCUUUGGGUGAAACAGUUUUUAAAUAUAAUUUAAUGACACAUUUGUAAACUGUUCGUCGUAGUAGCCCGUAAUUUCUAUUUUACGCGUGGAGGUAAGCAUGGAAUGGCCAGACGAGGUGUCCGAGGUGAAUAUGAAGCCGCCAAAGCGCCUCCGCAUCGUGCCAAGUGCAGCAGAAACAGCACUCGAAGGGCAGGAGAAGCGCCAGGGUGCCGUUGACGUGAGUAUCAUCAUGCCUGUGUAUAAUGCCUCCUGUUGGCUAGAUGAGUGUCUGCAAGCAAUAUUGGACCAAGAUUUCACCGGCACUAUGGAACUAUCUGUUUUUGACGACGCCAGCACCGAUGACUCCAGAAAAGUGGUGGAAACUUGGAGGGAGAGGUUGGAGGGAAGGGACAUCUCACUGGUGUUCAGUGGCCACAACUCGGACCAACCAAGAGGGGUGGGAUAUGCAAAAAAUAAGGCCGUGGCGCAGAGCUGUGGAAAAUACUUGUGCUUCCAGGAUGCGGAUGACAUCAUGUUGCCCCAAAGAGUUCGGCUGCAGUACGAGGCGUCUGUCCUCCACUCAAGCUCUUUGAUAGGCUGUAAAGUUCGGAGGCUUCCAGAGGGAUCCACGCAACGCUACACCCGCUGGAUCAACACAAUCACUCAAGAUCAACUCCUCACGCAAGUAUAUACAUCCCAUGGACCGACAGUCAUCAUGCCGACUUGGUUCUGCUCAAGAGACUGGUUCUCAACUGUUGGAUGGUUCAGCGAGGAGAGCAAGGGAGUCCCUGAGGACUUGAUCUUCUUUUACCAGAGUCUUCGUCAAGGAGGACUUGUGAUCAGAGUUGACCACUGCCUUGUGGUGUAUCGUUACCACGAGAAGGCCACCACACACUCCGUGAAAGAGGAAACCAUUUGGAACCUGCGAGUUGGAUUCCUUCAGGAGAGAGUCAUUAGCCAAUGGGAAAGCUUCACCAUAUGGAAUGCCGGGAAACAGGGCCGUAAGCUGUACCGCUGCCUUAACGCCACUAAUCAGAAGAAAGUCAAAGCUUUCUGUGAUGUGGACAAGAAUAAGAUAAAGAAGGGUUUUUACACAUAUGAGGACUCCAAGGAACGACCAAAGCCAAAAAUCCCAGUCCUGCACUACAAAGAUGCGUCGCCCCCUUUUAUCAUUUGCGUCAAGCUGGACAUGACGGCUGGCGUUCUAGAGGAAAACCUCAACUCAUUACAGAUGAAAGAAGGAAUCGACUUCUUCCAUUUCAACUGACUGACCGCGGCUGGUACAUCACUGUUAGACAUAUUAAAUCACAGGAGUAGAUUUAAAACUCAUGCACACUCUUCCAUUCAUUAUUUUCAAGGCUAAUCCUAUUCAAAGUUCAAAGAAGCUUAUGUCUAUCUGAGCUAAAUAAGCCUGAGAAGCGGAAUACACAAGGCUGCACAUCCAUGCUCACAUUCAAAGUACGGCCAAUUUAGAGUCUUCUUUUUUUUAACUGGUAUGUGACUAUUGAACAAUUAUCGGGCCGGGCGGUUUUCCAUUUUACCUCUUCAUCCAUAUUUAUUAGUCAGAAUUAUUCAUGUACACACACACGCAUACACACAAACCCAAUGUACAUUAUAAAUCAACACCAAAGUCUCUUCUUUCAAUUCACUGUCAAAGAUGAAAACAAAGGAUGCCUUUGUUGUAAUUAUUUAUCAGAGUUGAGGAUUUUGAGUCAUAUGACUUUGCUCGUGUUGGACUCAAGUUGCUAUUUUUUGUACUUGCUUGACAAAAAUGUGGGUAUGCCUUGACUUGAGUUGAGACUUGAACUUCAUUACUUGGCAAGUCAUUUUGUUUUUAUAGUAGUUUUAAAUCUGCAUUUUCGUGUCAUCUGUCUGAUGCAUCUAAGCUAGCUCUGCGAACCUACCGUAAGCUAACCAGGUUAGCUCCACAGUUUAGCUGAAUAAUCGAUGGUCAAAUACUUCACGUCAAUUCCGCAUUUAAUUGAGAACUAUUUAUCUCCACGUUCACAGUGUGCUACUCAUACAAACGUCAAUAUGAAAAAAAUAACCUGCAUUCUUCGAAAUAAUUGUAGACAUUCAUUUUAUUAGUUCAUUGUUUUGCAUGUCAUUUUUAUAGAUGUAAAUGUAGGAUCAGUGAAAACAAAUGUAGCACUCCAACAUGUAUUGAGCAAGAGGUGAUUUGAUUUACGACUUGCUUGAAUGAAGUAGUGACCUGACUUGCUUGAAAUUUGGUGGCGAUUCGAGUUGACUGGCAUCAUUUUUUUCGCACAGUGACUUGGGACUUGCUUGAGACUUGAAGGUUACGACUUGAGACUCGUGACUUGCACAUAUGUGACUUACUCCCACCUGUGAUAAUUAUUGUUAGUUUUUGUUGGUUUGGUCAACAUAAAAUGCUUUUUCAGUUAGUUUUCCUUUUUUGAAAAGCAUUUUUGUUUAUAUGCUAUUUCGUUUUUUUUAAAUGUUUUUUUCAUUUACAUUGUUGUAUUUCAUUAUUUUUUGUCAACUAUAAUAACCUUGACUACCGGUACUCUGACAUAUGGACCAGUUGAGCCGUGCAGUUUGAGGGCUUAUUGUACUGGAAGAUGUUAAAUUGUCCAUCCAUCCAUUAUCGGAAGCGCUGAUUCCCACCCCGCGAGGGUCGCGGGCAUACUGUAGCCUAUCCCAGCUGUCGCCGGGCAGUCAUUUAGAAUUUUAAUCGAUUCAUGAUUCUAUCUAUGGACAGUACAUGCUUUGACAAAAGGAAUAUUUUCUAACCGGGAGUGGGGUUUUUUUCAACAUUAUUGAUUCCAUGAAAGUUAAUGGAAGUUAGUGCUGGCUGGAGGCAAGGAGGGUGGAGGGAGCUCGUGCUGGAGGAAGAAAAAAAACUUUCAAAGGUUUCUUGGUAUCAGGAGAAAUUAAAGGCCAUAUCGCACAGCCCCUUCUUAAAUUCUAAAGUCUGUCAGCCAGGGAAAUGGCAGGCUUAUGUAAGCACGAACACUGGGAAUAGCUUUGUGUGAGCAGACUGGAAACAUCAGUGCAACAUCAUGAUAAGGCUGAAUAAGUGUAACGUUACGGUUUUUCAUGGUUUAUGGGCAUAAUGACGUCUUUCUUCACUAUCUGCUUCCUACAAACUUGCAGUGAUGAAACCCGUUUUGAGUAAAUGUGCACAGCAAAUUUGUGUGACUUUUGGACAGAGGCAUGCCAGCAUUUGCAGUCUGUGCAUUUAAUGAGUCUCGCUUGCUUCCCAACUUACUGCACAUUUCAUCCACAUACAAAAUGUAUGCUGCGUCUAUGGUGGUGCUCUUAAUGGCAAAAACCAGGGACCCUCCUUCAUAUUUAGCUUAGUGGACUAGACAUGUUUUUCUUCAAAGAUGACAUGAGUGAGUGCAGCUGUAAUUUGUUAGUUUCAAAGGAAUCAAAAGGUCCGAUCUGAACUUUUUAAUGCUAAAAAAAAUAAUAAUAAUAAUAAUGGGAGGGAGUGCGUGUACCGUCAGAACAUUGAACUUACAAUGGGUGUGGCCUCCCUCUCUGAUGCAACCGCACGGACACAUCUGCUACAAACAUGGACACAGCCUGUGCUUGUUUAGCAUUCUCCAAGACUCUUAUGAAACAAUAUUCUCUUCCAAGAGAGCGCAGAUCGGACACGUAAACCCUUGGAGCACGUUUAUUUUAUCUCACAGAGCGUGAACCGUUUGCUGCCUGCAGCCAAACAGGCCUUUAGCCAUAAAUCUCCUUCAGUGUUCCUGUCUUUCUGUAAAUCUGCGCCACUCUGCAACUUGGAAGGAGGCAGCAGGGGCCGCACUGCAGCAUUGUGUUCAAUGGGUCAGCACAACUGUGUGGACCUGAUAGUGCUUUUAGUUUUCGGGAAGAUCGUCGUCACGUUUAGCCAAGCCUUCGUGGGAAGUAAGCAUUGACAGUUAGGUAAAUAGAACAAGAUGUGAUUGUGGGUCUGUGAAGGCCUGGCAAAGCAGUUCCAGGGAGGGUAACUCAGAAUUUGGUGACGUUCAGGCUGUCAGCCACCACAAUGGAUUUUCCCCCUGCGUGUGUUCAAAAUGUGGGUUAUAUCUACAAUGGUGUCACCUUGUUGAAAUACAUUUGAGCCCAUGACAACAGAAGGCACAAAAUGGCUGUAAUCUCGAAAUGGCAAAUGUCCCAUGUUUAUGAAAGCGUUUAAAUGUUUUUUGUAUUGAAGCAAAUUCAUCCCAAUCCGAAUACUGGACUUGAUUGGAUGUGUUUUCUACGCAUAUGUACCAUCGUGCUUUUGUGAUUAGAUUUUCGGCAUGAUUGUUUAUCUUCUCCGUGUUGUUUUCAAUUAGUUGAUUCAUUUUGUGGUCUUUCAUCAAAAUAGUCAAACAAUGACUUGGAAAAAAAAUCUGAAAAUGUUUACCACUAAUAGUUCUGAGCAAAUGUUGCCUCCUUUGAAUCUUUGUCACUGAGCCAGUUCUCAUCUUUGCUCUGGGAUGAUACAUUUCAACAUCUGCAGGAUGGAUUACUACAGAACGUUUGUCGGGGCUCCACGUGAUUGGCUGAACUCACUUGUUUUUAGCUCGUACCAGUAUCACAAACGUGAUUAACGUUCCAAACAUCCGUGUCCCCCUCUUCUGUAGCGUUGUGCCACAAAGAAUGCAUUUUUCUUUAUUACUCAACUGAUAGAAGUCAGUAAAGGAAUGGAACUUGGUGCUCAUUUGAAA